AAAACUUCUCUCUACCUCGCAUUGUCUCUCUCAAUGGAUUCUUCAAGAACCAGAUUAGUAGCCAGACGAUCUGAUCCGGCCAACUUUCCGGCUAAGAAAAACAUCUCAUCCCGGCGAUCUUUAUCUUCUUCUUCUUCCUUCUCCUCUUCCUCCUCUAGCUCCCUCGUGUUUCCAGAUGACUCUCCUCUAAACUCUUCGGAGGCUCCUCUUGGUCUCAUCGGUGUUCCAUUCUCAUGGGAACAGCUUCCUGGCAAACCCAAAGACUACUGUCAUAGACUCAACCACCGCCGCAACAACGAGUCUUCAGUUUUACUACCCCUCCCUCCUCACCGGAGUACCACCUUUCCGGUCACCGGUAAAAACCAUAAAUCUAACUAUCCCACUAAAAAGAGCAGCUCCCCAGUGACGGUAACGGAGAAAGAUCCCUUCGCGGCGGCGUUGUUGGAAUGUUCCAAAGAUGAGGACGAAGAUGAAGAAGACGUAGACGGGAGGUUCCGAGGAUCAAGCAAGGCGUUAGUAAGGAACAGCAUCAGCGACAGGUUCGGGUUAGUAAGCCUCUAUGGUUCUUGUCGGAGGACUUGUGCAGUUUCAGAGUCCAUUGUUAAUCUUCCGAGACCGGGGAAAGCUGCUUCGUAUGAUCAUUUGCUUCUUCCACGCCGUCGCCGUUGAUUUAUCUAUUUUUAUAUCUUGGUCUUUGUAAUACUUUCUAUAUAAUUUUUAUCUGAAUGUGACAUAUUGUGUGAUAAACUUAUUUAAAAAUAAUUUCUUAUGAACUUUUAACUA